UCUCACCCUCAGUUGCUGUUCGACCGCGUUGUGACCACCAUGUCGACUCUCUUGAUUCUCGUGAUCGCCGCCUGUUUCCUGCUCUAUAUCAAGCUCCGCCGGCACUAUGCCUACUGGAGCCGCAGGGGCGUGGCUGGCGAAAAACCCAUAUAUUUCGUUGGAAAUAUGAAGGGCUUUGGCAAGGAACUACACUGGACCGACAUCAAUCGCCGGAUCUACACAAAGUUCCGGGGAACGGAACGCUACUGCGGCUACUUCACCUUCGUGAACAAGGCGCUCUUUGUCAUGGAUCUGGAGCUGAUCCGGAAGAUAAUGAUCAGUGACUUUAAUAGCUUUACGGAUCGCGGACUCUUCCACAAUGUCCGCGAUGAUCCGCUGACGGGAAAUCUGCUCUUCCUGGACGGACCCGAGUGGCGUUGGCUGCGCCAGAACCUGACGCAGGUCUUCAGCUCUGGGAAAAUGAAGUUCAUGUUCCCCAACAUGCUCCAGGUGGGCGAUAGACUGACGGAGGCAUGUGGCCUUCAGAUUGGUGAGAUUGAGGCCAAGGAUCUGUGCGCUCGCUUCACCACAGACGUUAUAGGGUCUUGUGCCUUUGGACUCGAGUGCAAUAGUCUGCAGGAUCCCGAUUCAGAGUUCCGGCGCAUGGGUAGAUCAGUGACCUCGAAACCACUCCAUGGAGUCCUCGUUCAGGCCUUUAUGUUCUCACAGCCGCAGCUAGCCAGGAUGUGCCGACUGCGUCUCUUCCGGCCGGAGGUGAGCGAGUUCUUUUUGGACACCGUGCGUCAAACCCUGGACUACAGGCGGCGGGAAAAUAUCAAACGCAACGACCUUAUUCAGUUGCUCAUGGAGCUGGGCGAGGAUGGAGCCAACGAGCGAGCCCUGUCCUUUGAGCAGAUUGCCGCCCAAGCCAUGGUCUUCUUCCUGGCUGGCUUCGAUACUUCCUCUACCACUAUGGCUUUCUGUCUAUACGAACUAGCCCUGAAUCCUGAUAUCCAGGAUAAGCUGCGCCAGGAGAUCCUGUCGGUGCCGAAGCUCACCUACGAGUCCUUCCAGGAAAUGCCCUAUCUAGAGCAAGUGGUGUCCGAGACGCUGCGCAAAUACCCCAUACUGCCGCACUUGCUGAGGCGCUCCAACAAGGAGUACUCGGUGCCGGAUAGCGAUUUAAUCUUAGAGUCAGGCACCAAAAUAAUGAUUCCCAUUCACAGUAUCCACCACGAUCCGGAGCUGUAUCCACAGCCCGAGAAGUUCGAUCCGAGUCGCUUUGAUCCGGAGGAGAUCAAGGCCCGCCAUCCCUUUGCCUACCUGCCCUUUGGCGAGGGACCAAGGAACUGCAUUGGAGAACGCUUUGGCAAAUUGCAGGUGAAGGUGGGAAUCACUUACCUGUUGAGGGACUUCAAGUUCAGCCGAACGGAGCGUACUCAGAUACCCAUUAGGUUCUCCCGGCGAAUAUUCCUUAUCGGCUCCGAGGAUGGAGUACACCUCCGAAUGGAAAAGUUGUCAUAAUUAUAUUGAUAAGCCUUAAACAAUGGAAGGCAUAACAAAGAACAUUCUUAUCUAUGAUAAACUGUGGCUCUAGAUUGCAUUAAUUCCAAAAUAUAUAGAGGUAUGUGUAAAUAUAUGCAUUAUUCCCAACAAAGAACCAUUUCUAAUGGGAAAAAAAAAGCUGUCUUUCUCUCUGGAAAUUCUCUCGCAAAAGCUUACUAAUCAAAACUGAAAUGAAAACAAAAAUAAGGCAGAACU